CGUCACGAUUCCAGACACCACGUACCCUUCCAUCGAAACACACUAUCUGCAGGUACCCUUCCGACUUACCGAAAUCUCCCGUCGGCGGCCAUUGCGUUCGAUCCAUGGCCACACUGUAACAAACUUCAAUUCGUCACCCAGUCAGGCCCUCACCCGCAGUUUAUCCUUCUCCGCCUGAAUCCCGUGCUGGGCUGGAACACGAGCAUGACAGAGGCUACUCGGCGCGAUGGCUCCAUUGGCUCUAGCAACAGUUCCUCAGGAGGGGGAACGACAGGCUUUCUUUCAAAAAUAACCAGAUCUCCCUCUCGAAGGCACAAACCGCUUGGAUCUAACGGCUCCAUUGAUGCGACUAUCUCGGUCGCAGGGCCGACACCACCACGCCCUCGUCCUCGCCCGGGAUAUCCACGUACCACCACUGCCCCCGCCGGGCCCGUUGCCUUGAACACCAUCAAGGCUGACACCGUCUCUCGAAACAGCAGCGAUGCGACCGGCCUCGCAAGCAACGACAAGAUGAUGCCCCUACAAGUCCCUAUCCUCGCCAACGGCAUCAACUCAAGUCGGCCCCUGCUUCACAAAAUCCCCAGCCAUGGAACAGGGGGAUCGAACACUCAGGGCGCAAGCAAUAGUGGUUCUGCGGCUGGUGACAACGAGGGCCCGUCUGCCUCUGUUAUCAAUGGACUGCUUUCCAAUGCGUCGGCUGUUCCAAUCCAUGGCAGUCCCAGCACAGCACUUUAUACCCACAUUCAAGAGUUGGCAAACAAAAGGAUUGCGACGUUGGACUAUCUGCGAAAGGCGCACGAGGGACGGUCAUUCUGGUUCAACACUGUCCGGUUCAGCGAAGCGGAUAUUGCCAAACUCCCCUCGUACACCCCCGAUCGAUUGGCACGACGAGCGGUCAACUAUAUGUUGCUCGGCAUGUCGAUACCCACCAUUCUCGAUGUCCACCCGCAGCCUCAUCCAAAGAGCACGGCAUCAGCCAGCGCAGCCGUGGCCCAGGACUAUCUACGAAGUUUGAACACGUUGCUGCUGGAAUUCGAGUCAUUCCAGCAGUUACAUCCCCCGGAUGGGAGUUCAGCCAGUUCGCUAAGUCGAGCCCGAAUACCUCAAAUGUUCAAGAGGGCUGCGACAACAUCUAGGCCUCGAAAGUCCAGCGGGCCUGUCACGGAAAUCGGACUUCCCAUGCUCCCUCAGACAUCAUCUCCACCAAAUCUGCCUGAAACAGGUCACGCAACUCAACCCUCCAUCGACACCACGACAAGCGGGAACACGUUUGCUUCGUCAGCGAGCACCCCAGCAACUCCGUCCCCUUCGGCGCCUCUGCCGUCUGGAAGCUUUCCGAGCACCUCAGCCAUCCCUCCUCCGGCGCCUGUCGAUGCGCCUAAUUCGACGCUACUACCAAACGAAGGUCCAUACACACAUCUACAGACGCCACCACUGCCCUUUACACCCGACUUUUUCACCGUGUUUGCCACGCUCUGUGAUGUGCUCAUCGAGACGUACCAGCGAUUGUUGCAGAUCUUGACAGGUCCCGGCGCCUGUACGCCUACAAUCAGCGACUUGUUUACCAAGGUGGAUGCACGAAUACGAAAGGCUGUGGUGUCCGCAAUCGUCCGGGAAUUCGAGACUGCGUCAAGGGACAAUGCGAAGAAGGAAAUAUUGGUUGUGCAGAAAGUCGUACUGGGAGGGUUAAUGGCAUGAUAAGCAAGCAAUGUUCUGUUCGGCUUUAGAUUGUACCAAAAUUGUUGGAUAGUAAGGCGUUGGUCGACCUGGUCACGAGUGAAUGAAGCAAGCGAGCAAUGGGUUCAAGUUCGGUUUGAUGGGCCCAUGGAUGUCUUUGAUGUGCUACUAAGACUAUAGUCUUUUCAGAUCCCACAUGCAGGAGUCGUCGGGUUCAAGUUGUGAUCUGGAUCUGUAAAGAAGGGUGCGCUGAAUCUGGGAUUCACCAUUUGCCCAAGCAAUGAAUGAAUGUAACGGUAUGGAAUCUAUCAUACAGGAGGCAUCUUGACUCUUCCCUGCGAAAGUAUCACUGGCCUCGUUUGUAGCCUUCGGGUUGUUGGGUUCCAACAACUGAAUGCCACUGCUACCAUCAGACGUGCGGGAAGCGGCCGAGCCCCCAAAGUCGAUACCGUA